CUAGUACAUAAAGCAAGUAAUCCUAUAAUGUUUCUUCUUCAUUUCUUUGUGAAGCAAAAAAUAUAGAAAAAUUAUGGCUUUGAGAAUGUGGGCUUCUUCAACAGCCAACGCACUAAGAAUCUCCAGAACCAAUCUAGUUGGCCCUUCUGUUUCUAUCUCCAGAUGCUUUUCAACUGUAAUUGAUGGGCUGAAGUAUGCAUCUUCACAUGAAUGGGUGAAGCAUGAAGGUUCAGUGGCCACUGUUGGCAUCACUGAUCAUGCUCAGGACCAUCUUGGAGAAGUAGUGUUUGUUGAUUUGCCAGAAACUGGUGGUUCUGUUUCUCAAGGAAGCAGCUUUGGAGCUGUUGAAAGUGUCAAAGCCACAAGUGACAUUAAUUGUCCUGUCUCGGGCGAGAUUAUUGAGGUCAACACAAAGCUUACUGAAGCGCCUGGCUUGGUGAAUUCAAGCCCAUAUGAAGAUGGAUGGAUGAUUAAAGUGAAGCCAAGCAGUCCAUCAGAGUUAGAAUCUUUGAUGGGUUCCAAAGAGUACACAAAAUUCUGUGAAGAAGAGGAUAGUCACUAACUGGUGUGCUUAAGGUUGAUAUUGUUAUAGAAAUUUCCAGUCAAUUAAUUAAGUUCUGCAAGCAUCAAAACAUUGUCCCCUUGUCUCAUAACGUCUUUGCCUAUGCAGUUUUAUAAUUCAGUUUUUUGUUACUAAUACCA